CCUUUAUGAGUGGCCGGAGUACACGCCCUCGGGUGUAGUGCGUAGUUGGUGGUGGGUCUGACUGGCGGGAGUGUAUCAUCGCGGUUUUGACACUCCGUGCACAAUUGCAGUGAUCGUCCCACUGCCCCGCGGCGCUCACGCUCGCUGCGUAAGAGCCAUUGUGUUUGAUUCGAAAGAUUGAUGAGGUCGUAAAGCUGUGUGUUGUGAAUUGAGCUACAUUGCAUUGUGACCUGGUUUCUAGAGAGAGCUGGGAGGUGACGCGAUGGCUAACGCGAAACCCGCCUUAGUUUUAUUACUGGUGACUCUUAUCUCGUUCAGUUGCAGUGGUUCAGCUCAGGAGACCGUCCAGUAUGUCCCGUUGUCAAGCUCCUCUUUCAAGGAAAACCUCGUUGCAGUAUGGAACGAGCACAAUGCGGGCGCCUAUGGAGAUGAAGUGCAGCUGUCUCUCAACAAGGUCGACAAUGUGUCCGAAGGGGUCACGAUCACGACCACAACCAAAUAUUACUGCGGGUACUUCAGAGCGUCGGUGAGGUUGCCGAGGGGUGAUAGCAGCGGAACUGUUGCCACUUUAUAUCUCGCCUCACCUGGACCCGACCAUAGCGAAGUCGACUUUGAAUUCCUCGGCAACAAGACCAACACCCAGCCCGGAAACAACGAAAUCGUCCUUCAGACUAACAUUUUUGCUGCUGGUGUCGGCAAUCGGGAGCAGCGAAUCAGUCUCUGGUUUGAUCCAACUGAAGAUUUCCACUACUACAGCGUCAUCUGGAACCAUAAAACAGUCUCAAUGUACGUGGACGAGGUUUUGAUCAGGAUCUUCCAGAACUACGAAGACCAAGGAGUGCCCUAUUUGCGCAGCGACAAGGCCAUGCAGGUGUACAUGAGCAUCUUCGAUGGCUCCAGCUGGGCUACCCGAGGGGGACUGGACAAGAUUGACUGGUCCCACUCCCCAUUCAACGUCCGUUAUAAGGAUAUCAUUAUCGAUGCCUGCGUGGUUGAUCCGGCCAGCAUUAUGGCCUCUCCAUGCGCUAGGCCAGAAGCAGACAACUGGUGGAACCAACCCUACUUCCACUCCCUGCCUGCGGACCGCCUCGCUUUCAUGGAUCAGGUCAUGAAGGACCACUGCAUUUACGACUACUGCAUCGACACUAAGCGAUUCCCCGUGCCCCCGCCGGAGUGCACUCUCCCACGCCGUUAGAACAGCGGCUUCUGGUUCGUUCAUGUGGAUUAAUUCUUUGAAGAAUUACGAUCUAUGAUAUUCAUGUAAUUCUUUUAUUUAUUAUUGAUCUCUUGAGUGUCAUCGACGAGCUAAUUACAAUUCCAUUUUCCAUUAUGUAAUUCUUGCUUGAUCUUGAAUGGAUCCGAUGUGGUAAGCCUAUUGGAUAAUUAGAGUAUGUAACUUAGUCUUUAUUAAAAUAACAGAAAAACAUAGUCUGAGGUCGUGACAUGGUAGAAGACUGAACCACAUGUGGUGGUUUUUAUUUCGUCAAUAAGCCUUAUUCUUUCAGCUUUAUGAAAGUAAGUAAUACUUCGUAAUCUGAUUAGCAUAUGUAAGUAAGUAAGACUUCGAGUAGCCACUACUUGUUGAAACUGGAUUUUCUAGGAAUUAAAUAUUCUAAUAAACCUCGUCAUCAAUUGUAAUC